CCUUCUCUGGCAAAUAGAAGAAGAGGCACCAAAGCCGACUGACUCUACACACUGGACUAUCCCUUCGGCGUAUGCGUUAAAAAUUGUCGUUUCUUCUAUUAAAGAACGUCUUUUAAGGGAAAAUAUGUCUACAAGACCGGGAUUCUACCGGCAAGAGCUGAACAAGACAGUCUGGGAGGUGCCCGAACGAUACCAGAAUCUCACACCGGUUGGAUCGGGAGCUUACGGCUCAGUAUGCUCGGCGUAUGACGUGCGCCUCCGCCAGAAAGUGGCUGUUAAGAAGCUCUCUCGACCGUUCCAGUCCCUCAUCCACAGCAGAAGAACGUACAGAGAACUGAGACUUCUCAAACACAUGAAGCACGAGAACGUGAUUGGACUCCUGGACGUUUUCACCCCAGCAGCUUCUCUAGAAGACUUUCAUGAGGUCUACCUUGUCACCAAUCUGAUGGGAGCGGAUCUCAACAACAUAGUCAAGUUUCAAAGACUUUCAGACGAACAUGUACAAUUCCUCAUCUAUCAGCUUCUCCGGGGCCUUAAGUACAUUCAUUCAGCUGGACUUAUCCACAGAGACUUAAAGCCGAGCAAUGUAGCAGUGAAUGAAGAUUGUGAACUCAGGAUCCUGGAUUUUGGUUUAGCAAGGCAGACGGAUGAUGAGAUGACCGGCUAUGUGGCCACUCGCUGGUACAGAGCACCUGAAAUAAUGCUUAACUGGAUGCACUACAACCAGACAGUGGACAUCUGGUCGGUCGGAUGCAUCAUGGGUGAACUUCUGAAGGGCAAAGUUUUGUUUCCGGGCAACGACUAUAUAGAUCAGCUGAAGAGAAUUAUGGAGGUGGUAGGCACUCCCACCGCCGAAGUCCUGAAGAAAAUAUCCUCUGAACAUGCUCAGAAGUACAUCCAGUCCCUUCCAUACAUGCCCCAGCAGGACCUGGAAAAGAUAUUCAGGGGGGCAAAUCCAUUAGCGGUUGACUUAUUGAAGAAAAUGUUAGUAUUGGAUUGUGAUGGGAGAAUCUCUGCCAGUGAAGCUCUGUGCCAUUCGUACUUUUCUCAAUACCAUGAUCCCGACGAUGAACCGGAAGCCCCUCCGUAUGAUCAGACCCCUGAGAGCAAAGACCGAACGCUGGAGGAAUGGAAGGAGCUGGUGCAUGAGGAAGUAAACAAUUUCAAAGCCCUGUCCAAUAAACCGGAAACACUUCAGGUUGAACAGUAAUAUGCAAGUGUGAAUACAAUCCAGGAAGACCGUCACCGGCCCUUUACUAUCUGUCAAUCACUCUGACACAGGACUUGGAUUGGUAGAACAGACUGCUUCCAUAAGACAAUUUAAAAGUAUUUCCAAGGCAUGAUGCCCUUCCUGUAGGCUAUAUGUGUGUGGGUUUGUACACACAUUUAACUAUGAGCAAAUGACGAGUGGUAUUGUUCUAACAAUGACACAAUGUAUUCAUAUUAUUGAGGUGCAUGCUGUGUGCGUGUGUGUAUGCGUGUAAAUCGUGUGUUUUGCAUCUUUUUUAUAUCGGAUGAGAGGUUGGUGUCAGGUAAAGCAGGGUAUUGUGUCCUUCAUAUAAGACCAAAACAAACAAGGCAUGCAGAAGAGAAGACGGCCAUGAGAGAGAAAAUAUGUUUACAUUGUUGAAAGGAGUGAUUAAUGUCUCUGCAUAAAAUGUAGAGAAUUACACAUUCUGCAUUGACCCAUUUUACAUCGGUAAGGCUAAGGUUGAAUUUUGCAUACCUCAAAUAUGGUUUUGAUUGUAUUACUUUAAGAUUGUAUUACAUUAAGAUGAUCUUCCGCUGAUUAUAGGAACGGAUGUUUUAAAAAUGUUCCUGAGCACACAGCAAAAUCCAGUACUAACCCCCCCAUCACCCUAAAACCAUCUUAUAAUGGAAUAUUAAAACUUUGACUGCUUGUGUAAAGUGUUUAUGCUGCAUUACAUCAGGGAGAAAUACUUUGAAAUCCUAUACAGCAUAAACCAUGUACUGCGUUAAAAAUGUGCUUAGUUGUUGUAAAACUAAUGACACAAUGCAAAAAAGUCCUACUAUAGAAUGUCCUCUUCUGUCCUGUAAUGUAAUGUGUUUUAUACAAUACUUGAAAAGGAUUUGAGGAAUAACAGUAGAUGUUUACAGAAUUAACUUGUUUCAGUGAGGAAACUGCGAUUCAGGAGGUGAAGUUAGGUUUCUUUCACAAUAUGUGUUAAUGGUACGUGUUGAAACAUCCUAAAGGACUAAUGCAACUUUGAAGUCAAAUUGGUGUGGUUUCUACCCUUUACAGUAUAUGUAAAUGACAGAAACUGACUUGCCUGCCUUCAUUAAUACAUUCCUAUAGCAUACAAUCCAGAAAAAAAUUACACCAUUGAAAAAAAGACUUCUAUAAUGUUGUAUUUAACCAAGCAAACAAACAUAUUUUUAAAUGUCAUACAAAUGUGGUGAAGUUCUGCCUAUAUGGCCUUAGCACUUUGCAAUCCGUGUUACUGUGUAUCUCUAUCCUGCAUGACUUUUUACAAAAAAACAACUUCAACAGGACUGGGCGGAUCUUUCUCCCUUUGUUUGUGACUUGUCUGUCUCAACAGCAUGAAGCCACAUCCCCUCAUCCUCUACUUUCUUAAUAAAAUGUAAACACCUUUCCUCCAA